UUUAAACUUGUCACUGUAAAUACACAAUCUUAUCUGUUCUAUAAUGAGUUGUUAAACAAAUAACAUUAACUAGGUAUUGACAUACACGUUGUUGUUGGGGUAAUAUUGUUGAGGACACACGUAUUUGAUUAGAGGUAAACCAUGGAAGCUGUAGUAUUUGACGGCAAAGCCCUUUCUCUGAAGUACGUCAAGGACUUUCCUGUUCCGAAAGUCGUCAAUGACAAUGACGUCAUCGUCAAGGUGGCCUACUCCGGAGUUUGUGGCACUGAUCUGCACAUUAUACAGGGUGAAUUCCCAGCCCUGAAAGAGCGCCCUCUGCCCCUGGGGCACGAGUUCAGCGGCACGGUACAUGAGGCGGGGAAGAAAUGUCAGCUGAAAAGAGGACAGAGGGUCGUGGUCGAUCCUAACAGGGCAUGCGGUCUCUGCGACUUCUGUCGUAAAGGCAACUACCAGUACUGUCUGACGGACGGCAUCAACAGUACCGUGGGGAUAUUCAAAGAUGGCGGCUGGGCUCAGUACGUCAGGGUGCCUAUGGAACAGGUGUACGCUCUGCCUGAUAAUAUCAGUUUGGAACAAGCGGGUCUCUGCGAGCCCUACGCGUGUGUGGCGCACGGGUUCAACCGCGCGGCGCCCAUCCCCGUCGGCAGCCGGGUGCUGGUGCUGGGCGCCGGGAUCAUCGGCAACCUGUGGAUCACGACGCUGCACCUGCAGGGCCACCGCGACGUCACCGUCUCCGAGAUGAACCAGACCAGGCUCGACAUCGUCAAGAAGCUCAAAACUGACUUCAGAUUGGUGACUCCAGACGUUUUGGAGAAGGAAACCUUUCAGUAUGAUAUCAUAGUUGACUGCACAGGUGUCGGGGUGGUGGUUGAGAAGAGUAUGAAGUAUUUAUCUCCAGGAGGCAAAUAUGUGGUGUUCGGGUGUUGUCCGCCGACGCACCAGGCGUCCAUCAACCCAUUCGACCUGUACAACAAGGAGCUCACCAUCAUCGGAGUGAAGAUCAACCCGUACACUUUCCCCACCGCCAUCGGCUGGCUGGCGGCGCUCGGGACCAGAUACUUGGAGUACAAGAAUUUGGGAAUUAAGACUUUUAAGCUCUCCGAGUAUAAGAAGGCUCUGGACGAACUCAAGACUGGAGCUAUAUCGAAGGCUAUCUUUAAGAUUGAUUAAUGUACCUACAUACCAAAUGAUUAUUUAACAAAUAUACAUAUAUAUUUUUAUAAAAUGUUGACUUUUAUUAGUAAUUAGUAUAGAGUCUUUGAUUUCUUAUAUUCGUUUGACUGAAAAAUAAAACUUAAACUAAAUUAAAACACAUAUUGUGCAGUAGCUAAUGUAGAAUUUAAAUCCUAAUUGAAAUGGAUUGACUCCAUUAUGUAAUUUUUUACCCAGCCC